GAAGAAUUGUUUCCGGUAUCAGGGUAUAAGAAGGGUGCGAGGACACACUUCCGGUCUCUCCAGCGCGCAGUGAAAAUGACGAAGGGAACAUCAUCGUUUGGUAAGAGGCGGAACAAGACCCACACUCUUUGCCGACGAUGUGGGGCUAAAGCAUUUCAUCUGCAGAAAUCGACCUGCGGCAAAUGUGCCUACCCUGCCAAGAGAAAGAGGAAGUAUAACUGGAGUGCCAAGGCCAAAAGGAGAAACACAACUGGUACAGGCCGCAUGAGGCACCUGAAGGUGGUGUAUCGCCGAUUCAGGAAUGGAUUCCGCGAAGGGACCACCCCGAAGCCUAGACGUUCCACAAUGGCUUCCUCCAGCACUGCAUAAACUACCAGUGUAUCUACACAACAAAUAAAGCUAUGGUUUGGAAAGUU